GUCGUUGCAGGAUAGGAGGAGGCGGUCUGUGUUGUCGAUGGUGCUGAUGUUGCAGUGAUUUCAUCAGCUUUCGCCCAGAGCUGCAACCUGCUGAAAACAGGUUGUGAUUCCUGUGUCAGUGAGCGGGAGAGGGAGGAGAGGCUGCAAACAUAUCCCCGGGGAAAUCGAAGCAGUAUCUUCCACCCAUCCCUGGCUGCCACCAUCUCAGUCUCGGGAGUCUCGGCUUUCGGCCUGUUCGCCAUUUAAUUGUUUGAUAUUUGAAAGCGUUGUGUGUUUUUUUGCUCUCUUUCUCUCUCUCUCUCUCUCUGCAGCUCCCGGAGUGAGGAAACGCUGCCGGCAUCGCUUCCAUUACAACCGAGAAAGCCCUGUUCUCCCUGUCUGAGGGGGCGAUGGCAGCGACCUUGGCUGGAACAAAUAGCCAUUCUUUGGAACCUGGGAUUUUGGCCAGGCUUUAAUCCCAGCCAGUUCUGUCUGUCAGUUUAUCGCCGAUUCUCGUUUUCGAGGCGGGCCGAGGCAGGGUCCAUCUAAUGUUUAAUAUUAUCUGAAUGUGACUGAACUGCUCCGGUCUUCCUCCCUCCUUCAGCCCUGAUGAUUCUGACAGCUCGUUUUUGCAUGAAUGUCUUUCUCCUGGUCGAUAUGGAGCAAGAUUUAAAGAUGGAGACUGCAUGAGGACCAUCCGAGGUGUGAUCCAGUGAGAGCAGCAAGCCUGGGAAUCCUCCACGUCUGCCUGCGGAUACGUUAAUAUUAGCAGCAGCGAGAAACACAGUCUACCACCGAGGGUCCUGGCCGUUUGUGAAUACGGGGAGCUUCUCCAAACGAGGAUAUUCUGGCGAUGUGAGGACACUGAAGAAGGAAUGCACUGAUCCUUGAAGUGACACAUCCUUUUGUAUCUGCAAAUGCUGCUUUUUGAAAGGCCCAUCAUGGUAACCUGCUUAUAAAUAUAGGACUCGGUGCAAUCCUUGCUCCUUCCCCCAGACUCAGAGCAGGCCAGAGAUUUCUGAUUUUGUCUGUGUGCCAGCUACCUGGCAGAUGGGUAACCAACCUCAAUAAGUUGGGCACACUAGGACACUGCUGAAAGACUUGCUACUCUUGGGCCACAAUAUUUAUCCAUUUUGGCAAGAGGUUAUCACAACACCUGAGGAGAUGGAGGCUAUUUGGGUCUAUCAGUUCAGGUUGAUAGUCAUUGGGGACUCCACGGUAGGAAAGUCAUGCCUGAUCCGUCGUUUCACCGAGGGAAGGUUUGCCCAAGUGUCAGACCCCACGGUUGGCGUGGACUUCUUCUCGAGGUUGGUAGAGAUUGAGCCAGGAAAACGGAUUAAGUUGCAGAUUUGGGACACAGCUGGUCAGGAGCGAUUCAGGUCAAUAACUCGUGCAUAUUACAGGAAUUCAGUGGGAGGACUGCUCUUAUUCGAUAUAACUAACCGUAGGUCAUUCCAGAAUGUGCAUGAAUGGUUGGAAGAGGCCAAAGUUCACGUCCAGCCAUUCCAGAUCGUUUUUGUGCUGGUUGGUCAUAAAUGUGACCUGGCAACCCAACGGCAAGUGUCGAAGGAGGAGGCAGAAAAGCUUGCUGCAGCUUACCGGAUGAAAUAUAUAGAGACGUCCGCAAGAGAUUCCAUCAACGUUGAACAGGCCUUUACCGAUCUGACAAGGGAUAUUUAUGAACUUGUCAGAAGGGGUGACAUUAUGAUGCAAGAGGGUUGGGAAGGAGUGAAGAGUGGUUUUGUUCCAAAUGUGGUCCACUCCUCAGAGGAAGCUGUCAAAUCAGGCAGACGAUGCCUUUGCUAAUUAAAGAGUGGAAACGUUUAAACUUGAUAAAUCCCCUCGCACGUAGAGACUGUACCAAAUAAAUGCUGUAGGCCUUUUUAAGUUUGUAUCACAAAUUAUUCACUAUUUCCACAAUACAGAUAUUUGAUCCAUCUUUUUGUAAUUAAUGAGAUCCUGAUGUCUGAAUCAGUUACUCUAAUUAGCCAGCAGAUGGGAAUGGAGAGUUUCCACCUACUGUUUUAAUUCCCGGUCUGGGGAGACAAGAAACAAUUCAUGUUUUUGAAAAUUUCUAAAAAGAAGCAUUGAAUAAUCCAGACUGUAACUGGGUUUAUGGUCAUUAAUUGACAUUCUACUGUAAGAGAGGCAGUUGAGGAACCUGAACUGCUACUUUAAUUCAGUCUGCAUGUCCUCAUUCCCUUGUACAAUGCAGGUGAGGAUCUUCAUUAAAUCCUGUCUACUCUUGAUUCACAGAUACAGCAAAGUCAAUCUCCCAUGACAUAGUGUAAAAUAACUUAAACUUAUUCCAAUAAUAAAGACCUGCAGAAAUAAAUAUAGGUAUUUUUUCUGGCUAACAUCUACAUUAAAAAAAUUCUACAGGUCAUCUCACUGAACACACUCAGAGGUAGAUGUCAUUCUGAGGGUGAUGUUUUAUAUUUCUUCCCAAAUAUCUCCUCCUCUCUUACCUUCCUGGAGCUGACAGCUGCAUACUGUGGUACAGUGUAGCUCUCUGGAACAUGGCCAAAAUUAUUAUUUAUCAAGGUUAAAUUAAUUCACAAAGUAUCAUCAGUCUAUUGAAACUUAAUGCAUACUUCACUGUUGAGCCCAAUCCAACCAUCAUGUACUCUGUCCAGCAAGAGUCACUGCUAUCAAUUAGAAACACAAACCUUGAUUUGAUUUUUCCUCUGAAGUGAAUCCUAAAUGUAUCUGACCCAACCUGUUCAGCACAAUCUGUACAACAGACUGGAUCCCUCAUCAUAAAGAUCAAAAUAGUUCUAUAACAUACUGGUUGAUGCAAUCAGUUAGAUUCUCACUAGGAGAUUUCUUAAUAAUAUUGGGGAUGCGCGUGAGAAAGUAAGGGAGAAAAAGCAAAAGUUAAACAAUAAUAUUUGCUGAGAACAAAUAGUGAACAUUUUGAAGUUACAGAAUUAAGAAGGCCUUCACUAGCCUCCUAUGUGUAGUGACUGUACAAACACAUAAAGAUAUUUGUAAAUCAGUAAACCAACUAUAUACAGUGUAUGAUAGAUCAGUGCUCUUGAAUUAACCAUUACUUCACCAAAUAAAUGGUAAAUCCAUACAGUCCUUAUCUUUGUGAGUAUAUAGGGACUCCAUUUAAAUAUAUGAUGAGUGACCCUUAGUUUAUGAGUCAACAGAAUAUAUAGAAUUAUUAACUUUUACCCUGCUGAAUAAAAUACUUUUUUUUAUCCAGGUGAAUAAAGAGAUGUUUAGUACAAUUGUAUGGUAAGGUCUUCAUGCAGCCAAAUAGACAGCAACUGUAUAGUUACAAAGUGAGAAACUCUUACUUUGCCAGGUAAGCAGUAGGUCCACAUAAUCUUAGAGAAUAACUUCCACAUGCUACAAAAACAAACUCCACUCAAUAAGACGAUUGCUGUAGUUAUGUGAGUCGUUCUUACCUUACUGAAUGCAUCAUUGCAGAUUAAUUCCAAACACAUAAUUCGAACUAGAUGAAAUAGAAAAUCAUUUGACCAGAUGCAAAUUAUUAAUCACUAAAUAAACAGGAACUAUAUUUGAUUUUACAGCAAGUGUUUUAAUCACUAAUUUCACUAGGUUUCUGAGAACUGAACCAUUAUUAGUAAAAGUCAACACUGGUGAAAAGUGGAGCCUUGUGCUGUAACUUUUCACCUCACUCAUCAGGAUAAAGACAAGAAUGCCAAAUUUCAAAUGAUUACAACAGACUAUGGUGCAGAAGGAAAGGGAUGCUGACGGUUGCCAACUCAACUUUGAUUGGGCAAGGCAUGGUCAUUGAGAGCACAUUAGGGAACAAUAGGCUCCUUAUGCUUCUGGGUAAUUCAAAAAGCAGCAAGUCUGUAAUGUAUUUUUUUUAUUUGCAGAGUGAAUCCUGGCUUGAGUAUGGGUCACUUGUGGCAGGGGCAAAUGAGCCACAUUACAAACUUGACUGAUAAAUUGGUAUUUGUGUAGUUGGCAACACUCACAAAAAUGUUCACCAAAUACUGCCCAGUUACAAAAUCACAUCAACCAGUGAUGGUUUUGGGUUUUGCAAGUGUGAGCUAUUUGAGAAUGCUCUAUACACUGCCUUUGAGGAAUAGCCAGAGGAAUAUGAGGUUUGAUUCAGUCAGUCAUUGGAACAUAUGGCACUGAAAUUCCGACACGAUAUUUCUCAACUGUGUGGUAGGGAGAAUAUCUGUUUGGUGCGAUGGCAACCUUAUUAGUGAAAAAUACCACUUCCAUUGCAGCUGCAUUGUAUCAGUGUAAUUAACCGUUUGUUUUAAUUUUUGAGAUAUUUUGCUUUUGUUUGAAAGUCUGAGCACAGUGGACACUACUUAAAUUCAAAGAUGACAGCUUUUUACAAGUUAGCAUGACGCAGUGAAUGAUUUGUUCAGGAUAACCAUUGACCUAUAGAAUAACUUUGAUCCACACUUUCAAGUUGAGCAAAUCAGUAGCACCCUAUUGACAUGCUUUAUCUGUGGUAAUACUUUUUCUCCUGUACUAUAGAUUGUAGUGAUUGUUUGAAAUAUAGCAUUCUUGUGUUUAUCCUGAUAGGUUCAAGCUCUGACAGCAUGUCUGUCUUUACAGCAAUAUUCAAGUCCUGUAUUAGUAAGCAUCUCUUCAUGGAAACCAGUUCAGUCAUUGAGAUAUUUAAAAAUAAGCAGUAGUUAAUAUCUCACACAAUACUGGAUUGUUUUCAAGUGGUCUCUAACCUCAUUCCAGCAUGAAGUAUCACUUCAUACCUCAGGUACUAUUGUAUUAACUUCCUGAAAAUGCAGAUCCUCAAACAAGUGAAUAAUUCAUGCAUUCAAUCCUAUUUAACACUGUUUAAACAUUGCCAAGGAAAAUGUGAUAGGUGUUUUAGAUUUGUAAAACUAAAGCAUUAUGGUCAAACUGGCUUGAGCCUGGAAGAGACUGACAGCUGGCUAAAUCAGCCCCAAGUGUACUUUCUAGGGCAAUCUAGUACAGCUACUCAAAGGUUUAAACUUAAUUCCCUCUGAUUUAUCUGUUACACAUUUUGGGGUCCACCCAUAUUUGGGGAGGGAUACAAAAUCAUUGGGAGUAAUUUUGACUUUGGCCAAUUGUUUAAACAGUUGCUAUCAGAUUAACCAUUUGCUAUUCUUCUCUUCCAACGUUCAUUUCCAAUUAGGUUGAUCAGGAAGUAUGUACAAUGGCCAGCUGAUUCAAUAUUGCCCAUUUUCUCUGUUGCCAAAACUGGAAAUUAGACCCAACAGUUUAUGUAUUGUUUCAGAUAUUGCAGAUGCAGCAGUAUCAAAGAUAUCAUCACUAAUGAAGGAGGUCUAGCUUAUGAUCCAGUAAAGAGAAAAUUUCAUAGCACCUUCUCAUACUCUCAGGACAUUCCAAAUAUUUUGUACAUUCCCUAUCUUUAUAUAGCUAUUGUUAUAUUGGUAGAUGUGGCAGCCAAUUUGUGCCCAGAAAAUUGCAUGCACAGUCAAUGAGAUGAAUGAUGUGUUGGUCUUAAAUGAACAAUUAUAAAUUAUCAGUAAAAGCAAAAUGAACAUUGAGGAAAUAUCUCGUUGAAAUAUGGUUCAUCCAAAUUGCCUGCUGAGAUGAUGUGCUCAUAAUGGAGCUUGGAAUAUAAUCUUUUGACCACUAAAUGAGAAUUCUUCCACAGAGACAUGUUAACAUUAGAUUUCCACAAUGUUAUCAUCUGUAUCCUGAGUUAAUCUGAGGAUUUAUUUACACUAUGUAAUCUGAAGGAUUAUUCCAAAUGUUAGUCAUUUUCUGCAUGAACCUAUUCUUACUGACAGCAGUCUUAAACUGGUCUCUCAAUUCUUUCAUUGAAGCCUUCCUUGUUCAAGUACCUUGUUUCGCUUUAUGAUUGUGGAUUCUGAUUCUUCAAUUUUGUUAGAGUCAUAGCAUUUAAUAUUUUAUGUGCUUCUACUGUAAUUAUUGUAAAAUCUAAAUGUGGUGGAAUUCUUUAUUCCAUGUUUCCUAGUGUAAUGACAGAGUUAGCUGACAAUUAUCUGAACAGAAAAUUAACUAAUGUGGGAUAAGUUAUCUUAAAUUUUUCAGCUUAGUGCUUUAUUUUGUUGAAAAAGCAAGGUGAAAGUCCAAGUCCGAAUUAUGCACUGUACCAGCAAGACUGAAUCAAAGAAAAAGGAAAAGAAUAAUCAGAGAGUUGUUUGUUUGGAUUUUAAAGCUAUUUAAGGGAAAGCAGGUCGGUAAAAUGAAACUUCCACUGACUUGAGGACCUAUCAAAGGUAAUCCUCUGCUAAUUAAUUAUAUUCCUCCUUAGUCAGUGGCAAAGCAGAAUCAUCAAAUGCAAUAUAAGUCAAAGGGUUUUUCAUGGAAUAAGUGAAUGUUUUGAGGGUACACAUUAACAAGUAACUUUUCACUAACUCUUGAGGGUCAGUUCCAGGAACAGUUGUGUGUGCACAUUCAGCUCGUUCUGCAUCCCCAAUGCGUUUCUCCCACCUUUGUGUUGCUGGUGGGCCUCUGACAACCUCCUGAUGCUGUUGAACCCAAUCUCUCCACCAUAUUGAGCUUCCUGAACAUACACAGGAAAAUGUACUUUUUCUUUGGACAGGUUACCUUGCCCCAAAGCACCAUUACAUGUUACAGACUAUUGCAAGAAAAAUUGAAUACAAAGGUAGGGAGGUUGUAGCUCAGUUAUAUAGGGGAUUGGUGUGACCCAUCUGACGCAUUGUGUACAGAAUUCGUCAUCUAAGGAAGGAUGUAAAUAUGUUGGAAAUAGUUCAGAGAAGGCUUACCAGGCGAAAACUGGAAUGAGUAGGUUGCCUUAUGAGAAACCAUUGGACAGUCUUGGAUUGUACCUGCUGGAGUUUGAAAGAGUAAAAGGUGAUUUAAUUGAAAUAUACAAUAUCCUGUGGAAUCUAGACAGGGUAUAAGUAGGGGGAUAUUUCCAUUACAGGAGAAACCAGAACUAGUAAUCACUGUUUUAAAAUAAGUGGUCACCUAUUUAAAACAGAUUAGGCAAAUUUUUUUACUCACAGAAGGUUGUGAUUUUUUGGAAGUUUCUUCCUGAAAAGGUAGUGGGAACAGAGUCUUUGAAUAUUUUUAAGGCAGAAGUGAUAGAUUCUUGGUAAGCAAAGGGGUUAAAGGUUAUCAGGGGAAUGCAGUCAUGUGGAUUUGAAGUACAAUCAGAUCAGCCACUACUUGAUUAAAUGGCAGAGCUGAAUGGCCUACUCUUCUUCCAGGUUCUUACAUUUAAAUGAAAUCCACUGAAGAGCGCAAUGAGCCCAUGCAGUGUUGAUGCAUAAUGCAAUCAUUAUUGUUGCUUUCCAAGCCAGGUUCAGUUAGACUAGCUACCUAUAACUCAAUGAAACCUAAAAUCGUUCAUCUUUGAAAGGGGUUGCAUCUACAGAUAAGAAUGAAUAAAAAUGUGUGCCUCCAAAUAAUGCUCUUUGUUUAGACGCUGUAAUAAUUCCACUUCUUUCCACCUGUUAAAAAUAGGAAUUGAUUUUUGUUCACUCAUAUCAGUCAUGUUAUUAAUAUUCCUUUGAAUAAAUUUCCCAAGAUGCAAGCUGCAAUUUCAGUCACAAGAUUUGAUGUCAACACACACAUAUAUGAGGAAGUGCAUCCUUGCAGUUGUGACAUCACCAAAUGUAGGCCUAGCUUUUAAAUGUGUCUGGUA